CCCCCUUCAUCUCUCCUAACUUUCUCCUUUCCCUUCACCCAGGUCGGACGUACAGUGUACUCCGCAUUGCGUUGACGCAGCAAAGUCUUGACAUUCAUUCACUUUACUUUCCUGUCUUUCUUUUGCACCUGCACUUCGUCUCUGCCAACUUCAGUCUUUACACUUGCUCAACAUGAAGUUUGCCACCGCCGCUCUUUCUGCCGCCGCGCUCCUCGCUGCCUCCGUUUCGUCCGUUCCCUUUAGGAGAGAUGUUCCGGUCGACUUGGUACCGCAGUUUGGUGUCAAUGCCGGUGUGAACCCUGACGGCACUGGCAACUGCGACGGUAUUCCCAACGCUCAGGGUGUUCCCAUCAAGAUUCCUUGCUCUUGCCCUCCGGAUCGCGAUAGCUUCAUUGCCGAACUGAACCAGAACGUCAAUGCUGGUCUCGUGAUCAACAACCCAUCUGUGAAGCUGUCCUUCCCGACAGACAACUCGAUAGCAUCCCAGCAAGCGCGUCUGAAUGCGGCAGCCGUAACCCUCCAGAACCUGAACGGCUCUGGCGUUGGCUGCCCCAUCGUGUCAACAACCUUCACCGCCCAGGGCAACGCGAUCAACGCCGGCCAGAACCCAGCCACUGUUGUCGUUCCUGGCCCCGCCGCCGCCACUCCCGGCGCGCCUGCCCCCGCGAGCACUUCCGCGGCUGCGGCCGCUCCCGCGCCAACUUCUGCGGCCGCUGCUGCUCCCGCAACAACCUCUGCUGCUGCCGCUGCGCCUGCGACGACUUCCGCAGCAGCUUCCGCCCCGGCGAACAACGCUUCUGGUAGCGGCACUCCAUCUGCGGCGCAGAUUUCUCAGCUCGCUCCCGCGCUCGGGUUCCAGGCUGGCGUCAACCCCAGCGGCACUGGUAACUGCGACGGCGCUGUCAACGGCGCGAAUGGCCAGCCCGUUCAGGUUCCUUGCUCGUGCCCGCCUUCGCAGGACGUCUACAUCGCCGCGCUGACGACCAACGUUGAGGCCGGCCAGGCCGUCAACAACCCCUCGGUUGCUGUCACCUUCCCCACUGGCUCGUCUAACCAGGACGUCGCUGCGCGCGUCGAAGCUGCGAUUGUCACCCUCCAGAACCUCAACGGCCCUGGUGUUGGUUGCCCCGUCGCAUCAACGACUCUCGCGUCCCAGCUUGCGGCUGCUCAGCAGUAAAGCGUUUGUGAUCCUUUUUUCCGGGCUUCGUUCAGGUUCUUUUGCUUGGGAACAUACCUUCAACCUUUUGUAGCGGUAGUGUCAUGAGUCGAAUUUAAUGGUGCUAGCCACCUGGGUUAUCGAGA